UCCGUUGCAAUCGUUGUGUUCAGUUGUAUGUUUAUUACAUGCUGAAAUAGUUUGCUUAAAAUUGUUCUUGAACUAGAAGUUCUAUUGUGCGGGUUCUGCUUCGCAAUGGAGAAUAAAACAGAGUGCAGAAAAUGCCACCGCGAUAUCAGUGAUUGCGAAGCUCGUGUCGUUUGCCGAGGGGAUUGUGCCGGUAUGUUCCAUUCUAAAUGCGUCGGUUUGGAAAAAGAAAUUCUGGACGCAAUCGCGGAAUCGGAAAACGUUGUCUGGAUGUGCGAGCCAUGCGUCGAUUGGUUCCGAGCGUUCCGAGAGGUGGUAAUAAAAAUGUUGCACGUACAGCAAAGCAACGGCCAGGCGCAAUCCAAAUAAUAUCAACUAAAACCAACUAAAAGAGCCAAAGAUUUAUGUCGGUUAUGCAACAUAGCGAUCAACAAUCGUGGUCUAGAAAGCCCCUGGGUUAUGGCGAAAUUCGUGAAAAUUGAAGGAUCGCCGUUUUUACAAGUUGGGAAAAUAAACAACAUCAUUUUACAACUGAUACAGAGCAGAGUAACAAGAAAGUCACCAGAAAAUAAUAACCAAAAAUGACUUCAACCAAAUGUAAAUACUGAAUUUUCAAAAUCAGCGAAUAGUUCUUAAGUUAAAAUACACACAAAU